AUGGAGUAAUUUUGCUCUAAACUCACUCGUUAUAAUCGAUUACCCAAUAUUACUAACCAUCGCUGUUUAAAGUACACAGAGAGUAUUAACUUAGUCUCUCUUAAGAAUUAACCACAUCAAAAUCAAAGAAGCGUUUGACCUAACAAAAACUGGUAAUUCAUUCCACUAUUCCAAUCCAAGCAAGCUCUCUCCAAUUAAAAAGAUGACUCCAACAAUUAUUAUCACCAUACUACUAUCUAUAAUCUCAAAUAAAACAAAGACACUUUCAAAGUCUCUAAGUACACUUAUCAUUAUCCAUCCAUAGUAAUCCAGAAAUGAGUUCCUCCAAAUAUAAUGAAACCUUAACUAAACUAAUGGUUUCUGAUUUCAAAAAGAAAGUUGAUGCAUUCCUCAAAAAAAACAAUUACAAAUCCAAUUUGAUUAGCAGUAAAAUAACCUCUUCAUCCAAGGAAUUGCUCCAAUAAAUAAAAUAUGAAGAAUCAUUGAACAAAUCCUUGUGUUCUAACAAAUACACAGUUCAGACAGAAAGUAUACCUAUGAAUUUCAUUCAUUAUAGAAAAAUCCAUGAAAACUAUGGAGAUAUGUAUUCUAGGAAACAAUAAAGUUGUUACCAAAUAAGUAAUAUCAAGUGAACUUUUACAAUAGAGAUUAUUAAAAUAAAAGGAAACCUUCUUAAGAGAUGACAGAUUCAAUUAUGAUCUGAAGUACCUAUUACAUUUUAUUAAGAAUGACAACUAUGAUGGAAUAGUAUGCAGAAAUUGUCAAUAGAAUUCAAGAAAAAACCUUCACUAUUAAAAUACCUGAUAACUAUAUCAUUUAAAUGAGUGAUUACAAUGAAUAUUAUCAAAUUAAAGAAGAUUCAAUGAAUAACUUUCUUUAGAACAAUUUAUAAAUCAUAGCAGAUCAAAUUAUUCAUGAGAUCCAAUAAUCUAAAAUUACUACUCCUAAAAUCUUAAGCAAUUAAACUAGUUAAAUAGUUGAGCAAAUUGCAUAAUAUCCCAUUUACUAAAUUGAACAUAAGAUUAAUACUGAACCCAGUUAUGCUAAUGAAUCAGAAAUAUUUAAAUCUGAAUCAGAUCAUCAGGAAUAAAUUAUCCCUGAUAAGAAGAUAUCUAAUAAGAAAAAUAAGUAAAAAUAAAAAAAUUAAUAAAAUUAAUCAGAAUAAUCUCGUCUACCAGAAACCUUUGAGUCUGCUGUCAUUAUUACAGACAAUGAUAAUAUUCGAAGAAGAAAUAAAGUGAUACCCAAAAUUGAAUAAUAGGAAGAUCUUGAGCUUCUUCAACAAAAGGAACUUGAAAUAGAAAAGAAAUAAUUAAUUAUUAAAAAACUCAGAGAAUUCAACUAAAAAUUCAAACCAAAAAAAUAUUUAAGGAAGUAAUCCGAAAAAGCAAAUAUAAUAAUUGAAGACCCAAUUCUACUUGCAGAAUCAAAAGGAGAAAUACUUAGAACAUUUAGUCUUAGACCUUCAGAUAAUAUUGCUACAUUAAAUGAAAUUAAUGAAAUUAUUAGAAUAAAAAAGUAAGAGUUGUCUGAACACCGAUAAGAAUAACUUAGAUAAUAAGAAUAAAACUUUGAAGAUCAAUUUUAGGAUAAGAAUGGGUAAUAAAGGCCACUGCAUUUGAUUGUAAAUGGCAAACCUUUUAGUGAAUUAAGAGAGGCUGAAUUAUGGGAUUCUAAAAAGAAUUCUCCAAGAUCCUUCAGAAAGUAAAGAUAGUAGAAUAUACCCAAUUCAACGGUUUAAGAGUAAAACUCAUAGGGAUUAAUGUUAGAAACAAACUUAGAUCAGUAGCAAAACAAUAUAAACGAAGAGUCAUAGAAUUAAAUUGAUUCCACCAAAAAUAUCUAGGAAGAAGAGAAAAUUGAUAACAACAUUAAUUAUCAAUAGAUUAAUUAUGAAAAUGUAAUCAGCUAUGAAGAAAGGAUGAAAUAAGAAUGUCAAGAUAUUUUUGAUAUUUUAUUAGCCACAGAUUCAGUGUAUGAUCUGAGGAUUGAUGACUAUUAAAUUGGAAAGCCCUAUUCAUAUAAAGUUAAUCAUUCUAAUUUAAUUUUUCUUCAGGAAUUGGAAGAGAAGGUCUUUAUUCACCAGUAAUAGCAAUUAUUAAUUUAGGGUUUUAUGGAGGAGAGAAUUACAAGAAGUGAUACCUAAACUUAAUUCAGUUAAUAGAUAAUUGUCAUUCGAGGUCGAUUCAGAAGAUGAGUACAAUUUAGAUAGUAAACAGUUAAAUGGAGAAGAAGAAGGCGUAGAUAAUGGUCAUGAUGUAUAGGAAAAUUCAUAAAUUUGA